GUUCAAGACCAGCCUGGCCUAAACAGUGAGUUUCAGGACAGCCAGGAGAAAGAAUGACUAAGUGCAGCAGGAAGGGUUUGCAUGACCCCACUGGGGACAGGGCUGGGUACUCAGUACUGGGUUAUCAACAGCAGCGCCUAGAGCAGGCCUCAGGAACCUGUCUGCAUUGGCUUGUUUUGAGCUAUGCAGUUGUGAGGAAUAGCAAAGAAUGGAGCUGUGGAGGUCGCAGACAGGAGUCUAGCCUGUCCCUUUCACGUCCAUUUCCUCCCAGACGAGUAAGGCCCAAGCUGUUUUCAGUGGCUGCUGUACUUGGCUGCCUAGCUCUUCCUGGGGACCCAGGAGACAAGGCUGUUUCCUCUGCUCCCCAUGGCCUGACUCAGGGUCCUCCGUCCAAGAGCAGGUCCUGUGGGACGGCCGCCAUGUUUCCUCAUUUAGUCCCCUAUGCCCAACAGGGUGGCUCAGCUGUCGCUGCAUGUAGGACUUGUUGGGUAAGAUAUAAGAGUAGAGGAAGCCCCAAUGUGGGCGAGACUGUAGCCAAGCCCCUCACUGCGUUUCUGGGUUUGAAGGGAAAGGGCUGCUAGGUAUGGUGACACACACACCUGCAAUGGCACCGCUGGGGAAGCAGAGGCAGGGGGAUUCCCAGAAAUGUGAAGCCAGCCUUGGCUACAUGGUGAAUGUCACAACAGCAAGGGCUACAUAGCAAGAGCCUGUCUGAAACAGAUAAUAGAUCAUAAACAGGAGGAACUGUCCCCAUCCUACACAUCAUGGUUACAAGUAUCAGAAAUUACAGACCACUGGCUGAAAACAGAAGUUUAUUUUUAGCCAUUCAUAAAACGUGGAGAAGGCAGUGCACAGCUGUCACCCUCAGGAUCUCGGGCCAGGCUCCAUCCAUUCACCAUGUCUGCCAUUCCAGUGAUGGCCUCCCUCUCUUAAUUACCUCCCCUGGUCUAGAAUCUGCAGGAAAUAGGGAGUAGGAGUUCAGAAGAAGGCACACUCACUUGACCCCAAACUUUCAGCACCUUCAGGACAUCACUCACCACGUAUCUGGCAUUGUCCAAAGCAUAAACAUUCAUCUGCACACAUACACAGGAACCCAAAUCUCAAGACAUAUCCAGCAGUCUCUAACAGAGAGGGCAGGGAACACUGUCCACUAGGUUGGUGACACGGUGCUAGGGUGUGUCCCUUCUCACCUGACAUGUCCUCCUGGCCUGGACUUGAGACAGACUGACAGAGAACUGAAGCUGUGAGGCCAGGCCUGAAGAGCAGGGACAGACUUCCUUCUCAACACACAGAGCUGCCCAGGCUCUGCUCCUGGGGCACUGCCCACACCCCACAAAUACUUGUAUCCAAUGCCUGCAAGGUGAGAGUACUUUAUCACCUGGCUAUGACUGGUCAACCCGGCCAUUCUCAUGGAUGCCUUACCCCAAGCUCAGCUGAAACGUCAGCUCAAGGCUCUGCAUCCAGCCCCAGGCUGAACAGACCAUAUCCACCCCACCCCAUGAGAGCACCCUGGAAAGACACCUCAGAUAUAUCUUUGAAUUCUUGGCAGAAAUGGACACAUGACCUUACGAUGAAGAUGAACAGGAUCCCGAGCCUCCAGUUUGGAACACCUGGGUUAUUCCAGAGGGCAUCCUGUUCCAGAAUCCAGAAGGAGCCACUAAGGAGGACUCAGAUCCUUGCAGUCAUCCCUUACAGUGAAAACCUGGAACUGUGGAGGUUGCUCACAAAUACAGACUUGAAGCUCACCUACGUCAGCUUCCUAGGAGCCCUUUCAGCUAAUUCUGGCCAUCAAGAAGGACUUGCCCAUCACAUCUUCCCCACUCUAUUCUUCCUAAGUCAGCCUCACUGGCCUCCUGCUGCACCCAGUCGGCCGAAUCCCACCAGCACAGAGACCGCGUCUACGCGAUCAUCACUUCAACCAGAGAGUUUUGACGGCACGAACCCACCAUCUGUACCAGCCUGUCCCUUUAAGAUAGCGCGGCUUUACUUUGACCCUCGGCCGCCUCGGCUGUAUGGCGCAGCGCUCCCUGCAGGGUGCAUAACCUUGGGUUCUACGAACAUCGAAAGCGAGGUACUCAGAGUCAAUAAAAGAGGCGACCAGAGUCGCUCCUUUCGCAAAAAUCCGCUAGAUGCCAAAAGGUGCAGCCCUCCGGUCCGGGUCAGCCAAUCGCCCGUGAGCUCCAGGAUGCGCAAAACGAGUCCCGGCAAUCUUAGCUUUGCCUCCACUCAGGGCAAAAAAAAAAAAAAAAACAAGCGCUGCGAGAGUUGCGCCGGCCUCCGGGUCUGA